AUGGUCGCGGCUACCGAGACCAUGAGCCACGACAUCACCAGAGAAGCGGGUCGGGUCAUCUGUUGCGUUGUCCUGGAACUUAAACCCGACGUGAAGCUUGCGCAGACGCUCGCCAUGUCAUCGCUGGCGCGAGCGAUCUGGCAGAGCGACGUGCACCUCGCCGAGGCCGCCUUUGCCGCCCAUUUCGACAAUGGCCCAGAGUUCGCCACCAUCCUCAAGGACGCGCUCACGCUCGGCUGCCACGCCGAGUGCUCCAACCUGCUCGACGACAUCGCCGCCGCCGGAGCAGCCGCAGAAACCGAUCGACUCGAAACCGACGCCGCCGGGAGACACAACAUUGGCGUAGGCCAGUUGCUUCGGGUAAACUCCUGCGUCGUCAGGUCCAAAGCCAGGCUGCACUGGAGCAUCGCGAUGAAGCGCGUCUCGGUGGCCCUCUCACCGCCUGGCAUCCUAGGCGGCGACCUGCUCGACCAGCGUCCCGCUGAUCAGGGGCGCGACUUAGCCAAAGUCUGCGCUCUCCACUUCAAGGCGCAGCCGACCGACCAAGCGCGCGCCGCAGAGUUUCUCACUGAGUGGGCUGCCCCGCUCGACUGGGAGGCGCGAGCUAACCAGGCCGGCUGGCCGGCGUGCAGCCUUUCGCUGGCCGUCGGCAGCCUGGCCCCGAUCUCGGGCUCGCAGGCUCGGGGCGGCAGACCGGAGAGGGGCACCGCGCAGCCAGGCGGCACGGAGCUUGGGAAAUACACGGUCGAGGUGCCGUCGCAGCGAGAGGUGAAGAAGGUAAAGGUCAAGCUGGCGCUGAGCCUGCACGGCACCAUAGUGGUGCAGAGUGCACAGAUGGUCGAAGACGAGAAGGACUCCGAGGAGCCCAUCCCCGGCAUCGAGCCGGCCGCGGGGGCGGAGACAGGGGAGCCGGAGAGGCCCGCGGCUGACAAGGUCGCGGAGGUCGGCGGAGACGUGCCCAUGCCAGCGGUGCCGUCGGAGGACGGAAGCCCGCUGGCCGGGGAGCUCAAGCGGGAGUCUUCCAGCACCCUGAGCGACCUGCUGGGGGGCGGCGGCCCCCUCAAGAAGAGGAAGAAGGUCCACCGCACCGAGCUGACCGUAGUCCCGUCGCCAAGUUGCCCUGGGCUGCCCGAGGACAAGGUGAAGGAGCGGACGGAGUCCGAGGAGAAGAUGCGGCUGGACAUGGCCGAGAUCGAGGAAACGAACAACAAACGCAACGAGCUCGAGUCGUACAUCCUCACCAUGCGGAGCAGCAUCGCAGAGGGUCAGAAGUACGGCGCGUACAUCACCGCGCAGGAGACCGCGACAAGCUUGUAG